UUUCUUUCUUUUUUCUUUCUUUUUUUCUCUCUCAUCCAUUCUCCUACUCCUCUCUCUCGUUGUGACUUUGCUAAUAUUAAAAAACUUAUAACCAUUCUAGAACUUUGUCAACAUUAAAAUACACGGCACCAGGAUGUCUGAAUAUAACACUUCAGCGGACCAAGAGUUCAGAGCUCUCAUUAGACAUAUGUAUAACUACCUUAGGGCCUGUUAUCAUUUGUCCUUUACUGAUGCGACUCUGGACAAAAAACCACGCUCUCUCAUUCGAACUACUUCAAUUUUGGAAAACCAGGUUAAACCAGCCCUACCAUGUAAGCCUACCAAUGACCUUAUUAAAGGUAACGCGCAAAACUGGCUGGGCAUUAGCCUUCAAAUCCUACAGAAUCAUUAUCUGGAUAUCCAAGAAAAUAGUCAAAUUUACAUCCUAACGGCUUCCCUUGACCGUUGGGAGGAAGCAUGGUCUAUCGCCACAAAGUGGAUUAAGAAACGCUAUAAAACAAUUGAACAAUUGACCAUAUCAGAAGCGGGUUCCCACAUCACUGAGAUAAUCACCCAUCACCUUAACACGAGUCUGGGGACCCCCAGUACACGUGACGUUCUGACCACAUCUUCACAUUCAAAGACAGGAGCACCUGUCCCCUCAUCAAAGGAUAUGGCCUACACGGACCCACAAGAAGGCACUAGCCACUUGUUUAACACAACUAACACACACAGACCCACAGUACCUCCCCUCCUUAACAGGGAUCAGGUCUCUCCCACUACCUCUAUUACAACCACACCACCUCCUGACAAAAAGGCGUCAUUACAGCCCUUGGAGUCUCUUUCGACGCUCCCCUUUGCGAUUGAAAAACCACCAUUACCUCCCCGUACACCUAAACUAAAGAUUACUCUCGCUUCUCCUAUAUCAAAACACACCACAAUCUUCCAACUGCCGGACACACCCACACCACCUACUACAGUGAUCCCUGAGACACAAACCCCACCCGAGGACAAGUCUGACCCCUCCCAAACUGAUUCUCCCCCUUUAACCCUGGGAAGUGAUUUCACUCCCUUGACACCACUAGCCAAAACAUCUACGCCUUUAACAGGGGGCACUGAGCAAACUUCACCCCUAGACCUCUCCAAAGAUUCUCCUAUCCUCACCACAGCAGCGGGUUUGAGUAUUCCUAUGCUGUCGCUAUUCAAAUUCCACACUCAACCAGAUCUAAUCCACUGGACUCCUGCCACAGGACUAGAAAUGUCUCUGCACUGGAAGUAUGCUUUAAACUAA